AUGGAAGGAAGGAAACAGCUCACAAAUGAGGAACGCAAAAUUGUUAUACAUAUGCAUAAUGAAGGCAAUUCGUACCGAAAGAUAGCAAAAUUUUUUGCAAAAACCCCAGCUGCUAUUUUCAAAAUAAUUGCUGCAUAUAAGAAAGACGGACGAGUUUCUGUAGGACAAAGGUCUGGACGGCCGAAAUGUACAACAAUCCGUACAGAUAAAAAAAUUAUAAAUAUGUCAAUGGCAUCAUCAUUUAUGUCGGCACCAAAGAUCCGAGCCCAAUUAGUAGAAACAAAUAUAAAUGUGCCGAGUACACAAACGAUCAGAAGAGUAUUGCAUGCAGCAGAAAAUUAUGGGCGUGUUGCAAGAAAAUUGCCCUAUUUAAGCAAAACAAACUUAAAGAAGCGUAUGCAAUUUUACGAAUCUCAUAUGUUGCAAACCGACGAUUUUUGGAAAAGAAUAUUAUGGACGGACGAAUCCAUGAUUCGCAUGAAAUACAGUCAUGGUAGGAUAUACGUGUGGAGAAAUGAAACGAAGAAUUUUCAUACAACUGUAUAA